CACACACGCGCGCCCCCUGUCCAGUCCCUGUUCUUCCCAGGUCCUGUUCCAGCUGUUGUGCAUUCCUGUGCGCUACAUGGCCAGCCUCUCAGUGUGUAUGUCUAUGUAUGUAUAUUUUGUUUGUGGGUGAGAACGGCGCAUCAAGUCUCUCCUGAAGAACCGCGAGUGCCGUUGAACUUCUCGGUCCAGCGGUGGAAUGCGCCGGUGAUGCGUCCUGGACAAGGUUUCAGAGGAAAGUGACAGCAGCAGAACCGCUUGGAUUUUUUAUUAAAGAGAAAGUUUGGGAACUUUUGUGUUUGUGUUGGAAUCUUCUCUCGUCAUGACCGAGCUUCUCAGCACCGUUUCAACAACGGACCCAGAGACACUCUGUCAGCCAGAGUCAGACCAGAUGAGUCCAGACGAGCCACAGUCUCCCUUGGACCUGAUAGACACAGGGAAAUGCCUGAAGGUCCAAACAGCCACACCACAUCUGGUCAGCCUGGGCAGUGGGAGACUGAGUGUGGCUAUCACCCUACUGCCCCUUAAAGAAGGAGUGACCCGUAUCGGGCGUGAGGAUGCAGCGGUACCCCAAGACAUCACCAUCCAGGGUGUAGGUAUUGAGGCGGAACACUGCAUCAUCAUCAACACAUCAGGGGUCAUCAUCCUCGACCCUUGUGGGAACCUCUGCUCCUUGGACGGCAUCCCUGUGACAUCACCUGUCCCGCUCACACAAGGUUAUUCUCUGUGUCUGGGUCAAUCCUACUUCUUCCGCUUCAACCAUCCAGAAGAGGCCAGCCGUAUGAAGAGCAUGCUGCCCCAGAAGAGCCCUGUCUCUCCUCUGGCCUACAGCACAGACUAUCUGAAGUUCAGUAGUGACUACAGCCAUGGGGUGGUGGGAGGGGCCGGCAGUGCAAGAGGGAUGCGUUCUGCCUCAGAGCUCCGUGAUUUGAUGGACACCUUACAACGAAAGAAGAUCGCCCUGGAGACCAGCCUGAGAGCCAAUGGGGACUCUAGCCCCUCCUACUUCAGUAUGACACAGUCUCCACCCACCACGCCUGUGACCUCACCCACCUCGAUGUCGUCAGCCUAUCAAGAGCAGGCUAGGCGUUUCUAUGGCUCUGAUCGCCCGCCCCUCUCAGUCAAAGCCGCGGUCCCUCCCUCCCCCUCUCGGCGCUCUGACCCCCCUUCCUCCCGAUCCUCCAUGACCCGGAACCAAUCCUACCAAUCACAAGACAGCCUGCUGGCCUCCCCUGGCGACGGGCGACGACAACUAAACCCAAACUCCUCCCCCCUGUUGUCGAUGUGGAACGGUGGAGGUUCCUCUAACUCAGUGGCCGGUGGUGAGAGCCUCUCCUCUCCUCCUCCACGCUCAUCCCUCUCUCCAACCAGUGGAGCAGCCAGCGUGCCCUCCAGCCCCCGCCUGGGACGCCGAAGUCAUGGCAACCAUGAGCCGACACCUAGCAACCGAACCAGGAAGUACUCUGCAGGGUCGAUAGGCGGCAUGAUAGGAAGUCACAGCCUCUCUCUGCCCCGCCUCUGCCUGCCAUCGUCGCCACGUUCCCAUGAUAAUGGAGCCUUGGUGCUCUCUACCCUCCCCCCGACCUCGCGGCGCUCUGAACCUCUACGUAACUCUUCUCACAACAAUAGCCAAAACCACACCACAAACAGUAACUACAACUACAACCAAACCACUAACUUUAACUACAGCCAGGCCCAAAACAUGAAUCACAAGGGGAACCAAGGUGAGGGGGUGGUAUCCAUCUCCCUCUCCUCCCCAAAGUCUCCCACCCAGGCCCCUCCAGACGUGACUGUCCCAUUCCGAUCAGGGGGCUCCUCCAGUCCCCGCGUGGCCAAGAAACUCAGCCUCACCUCCACCAGCUCCACAUCCAGCCUCCAGGAGCCAGAGUGGCCAGCCAGCUGCGGAGUCUCCCCUGGACCAGAGCUUUUUUUCGGGGAGAGGGAGCACAGAGGUGGCAGCCUGGAGCCUGGUCUAGGGUUAGGGGAACGGAGACAGUCUUUUGGGAAGGGUGGGCUUGAACCAGGGUUCGGUCUGGGGGAGAGAAGACAGUCCUUUGGAAAAGGAGGGGUAGAACCUAAUUUGGGAUUAGGGGAACAGAGACAGUCUUUUGGGAAGGGAGGUUUAGAGCCAGGUUUAGCUUUAGGGGAACGAAGGCAGUCAUUUGGGAAGGGAGGAGUGGGGCUGGGGGCGGGGGUGACCCCACCGGUGGGGUUCAGGGCGAGGAGUGGCAGUAUCAGCUCCCUGAGUGGGAAGGAAGAACUGACUGACUACCACCAUCGCCAGAGAGAUGAGAGACUACGAGAACAGGAGGUGGAGAGACUGGAACGCCAGCGGCUGGAAACCAUUCUGUCUCUGUGUUCAGAGCUGGGUCGAUCGGAGCAGGACAGGGAGAGGAGUGUUGGUUCUAGUGUCAAUACCGGUGCUGGUCUGGCCGACCUUCAGAUGAUCAACCGGGAACUAGAGAAACUCCAGGUCUCUGACGACGAUGAGUCAGAAUCCGUCUUCUCCGACUCAACUGUGAACGGAAAUGGGGCCGGUAGCGGCUCGGAGAACGGUUACUAUGGUAACGACGAGGAGCGUCCAGUCCGACAGCGACGGAGCAGCGGCCACCAGGACAACAUGGCAGAAUCGCCGGCCAUUAUCCUACGAAGCUCCGCCACCUCGCUCACCGCGCACCUGCCUAGGACUAAUCGGGCGCUGGUGGAGGAGGGCCAGCGGAGGCAGGAAGUGACCCGUGUGGAGGAGGAGAGGAUCCAGGUGCUGAACAACAUGGAGGAGCUGGAACAGAAGAUCAAAGAACUGGACAACCAGAUGGACGAGUCUCUCAGAGAGGUGGAGGUGGAGCGUGCCCUGGUGGAGGCAGAGCAGCAGGCAGAGCUAGCGGCCUUGCAGCAGGAGAGAGAUGCUCUGGAGACACUCAACACCAAAAUGUCUGACAUGGAACAACAGGCACAGAACCAGAAGACUCCGGCUUGUGUGUCGCUGCAGGCUGAGAGGGCUAGGGUAGAGCAGCUGUCUCAGAGUGUGUGUGAGCUGCGCUCCCAGCUCCACUGCUGUCCUGAGGCCAUGAAGGAGCCCCUACAGGAGCAGCUCACCAGGAACUCUGAGGUGCUGGAAGCUGAGACGAAGCGUUUUGAGGACCUGGAGUUUCAGCAGCUGGAGAGAGAGAGUCGUCAUGAUGAGGAGAAGGAGGAAAGCACACAACAACUCCUCAGAGAGAUAGCUGACUACCAACGGAGCACCGUCACACGCAAGGAGAGGCUGGUGGCGCUAAAUACGCAGGCGGGACAGAUUACCCAGCAGGCUCAGCGAGAGAAGGACAGCUUCCUGAAGGAGCGGACCAACCUGCAGAUGAUGGUGCAGAGGGAGAAAGAUAACCUUGCUUCUGUGGAAAAGAAGUAUGCUGACCUCACAGGUGGGCGGGGCUUCCCUCUCAGCCCUGUCAGUCUCAAGGAGCACUUCCGUUCACUGGAGGAGAGAAAGAGGUUAGUGAAAGAAGGUGGGGCCCACCUGAGUGACACAUUACCCAGGAAGAAGACCACGUCCAUCGUCACCCCUCAGUUCAACUGUGCUACACUAGGACGCAGCAUGCCUAACAAGUCCCAUCAGCCCCUGGUCCAGAGUUCUAGCUGUGGCAGUAUUUUACCCCGGGCCAUGUCUGUCUCCUCCAAUAGAGACACAGAUAAACGGCGCCUGCACAAGGGUCAGCCGAGCUCUCGCGCCGCCUCCCAGUCCAACGUGUACCUGGACACCUACGGUCACUGUGAUAACGGCCAGGCAUACGACACCAUGAGCGUGGACAGCUCGGACUCAAUGGAGACCAGCAUCUCUGCCUGCUCCCCGGACAACGUCUCCUGUGCCAGUACGUCUAACGUGACCAAACUGGAGGAAAUGGAGCGUCUGCUGAGACAGGCUCAGGCAGAGAAGAAUCGCCUCAUAGAACACAAGGAGCAAGAGAUGGAGUCACGCAAACAGGCUCUGGAGGAGGAGAGGAGGAGGAGGGAGGAUCUGGAGAAACGACUGCAGGAGGAGACCAACAGACGACAGAAACUCAUCGACAGGGAGGUGAAACUACGGGAGAAACAGAGAGCACAGUCCCGCCCUCUGACGCGCUACCUGCCAGUUCGAAAGGAUGACUUUGACCUAAAAGCCCAUAUAGAGUCAGCGGGCCACAGUGCUGACACCUGUUUCCACCUGUCCCUCACGGAGAAGACAUGCCGAGGAUUCCUGGUCAAGAUGGGGGGAAAGAUCAAGACCUGGAAGAAACGCUGGUUCGUCUUUGACCGCAACCGACGAACGCUCUCCUACUUCUCAGACAAGCAUGAGGCCAAGCUGAAAGGGGUCAUCUACUUCCAAGCAAUAGAGGAAGUUUACUAUGACCACUUAAAGAACGCACACAAGAGUCCUAACCCGUGUCUGACGUUCAGUGUGAAGACUCAUGACAGGGUCUAUUACAUGGUGGCCCCCUCUCCUGAGGCCAUGAGGAUCUGGAUGGAUGUCAUUGUCACUGGGGCCGAGGGAUACACUCAGUUCAUGGUGUAGAAGGAGUAAUAUGGUCAUGGCGGAGGGAUACACCCACUUUAUGGGGUAGGAGACUUGAUCUGUACGCGUCGGAGGGAUACACUCAGUUCAUGGUGUAAAGAGGGGUGCUUCGGAGUGGAAGGAUACAGCCAGCGUGUGGUUACGACGACAGGACGAGCUCCUCUUUUCUCUGACACAGAUGGACUGUUUUUAUUUCUGUAUUUUAUUAUUAUAGAAAUGUCCAAGGACGUGUUCUCCAACAGUGUGCCUUAACUCUCACAGUAGCUCCGCUGGGAUUGGCCAGUAUUUUUAUGCAUCAUUAGUAAACAAGCAAACAGAACGGUCAUUUCAAUUCCAGGUUGUGUAGGGUCAAAUGAUCAGGCGGCAAGUUACUGAUAUUUACUCAUCCCCAAAGACCUCAGGUCUCGUGUGAGUGUGUGUGUGUGUGUGUGUGUGUGUGUGUGUGUGCGCGCGUGUGUUUUUUGCUACAUAACCCAGAGGUGCUAAUCUUUUUGUAUGUUGUCUUUUCUCAUGAGGCCAAUGUCCUCCAUUGCGUCUUCUAGUGUAGCCAAAGGUCAAGUCAUCUGUGGUAAAAUAUAAUACCCAAGGUUGCUACUUGGGGAAUAGGUUGUCAUUGGGAUGCAGCCUUAUACAUGUCAGUGGUAGAAUAAAUACAGGAUCAUAUUGGUUAACCCUCACAGAUUAUAAUCAUGCUGGUCGAGCUUUCGCUGCGUAUUUUAUCGCUGACUAACCAGAUAGUUAUAUGGUAGCUGUGAGUUGUAUUUAGUUGUAUUUAAUGCCUUGUUUCAUGUUUAAUGGUGAGCAGCCUUGGCAUAUAGGCUUACUGUAUGUUCAUGCUCAGUCAUGAUGCUUUUCCUUCCCACCAUCAUAUACAUCUAGUUAUUCCCUCUCAUCAGUAGAGGAUGACAGCUGAACAGUCUGAGGGACAGAGGAUGACCCCUAAACCAUCCCAACUCUACCCUACCACCUUCUGCAGUGAGUGUAGAACUGAAAGGACAGAUGGAAGCAAAUCCAAUCCAUGUUUGUCACUUGCUUCAUAAACAACAGGUGGAGACUAACAGUGAAAUGCUUACUUCAAUGACUCAAUUCCACCCUGCCCAUUAUUUCUACUGUAUCCUUUCAGAUAUGAAGCAUCCGGGGUUGGGCUAGCCAGGCGUUUGAUUCAUUAUC